GGCGGGGCCCCGGGCGGGGCGCGCUCCCUCAGCCCCACCGCGCUGUCCCGCAGCCUGUCCCGCCUGCGCGAACAGCGCGCCCGCUCGCGGGCCAUGCUGGUCCUGGGGGUCACGCAGAUGGUGCUCGGCUGCCUCAUCGUGGCUGUCAGCUUCGCCGCCCUGGCGCUCACCACCUCGGCCCGCGUCCGCCACUCCUGCCCCUUCUGGGCCGGCUUCUCGGUGCUGCUGUCAGGACUGAUUGGUGUUGUUUCAUGGAAGAGGCCCCUGUCCCUYGUGGCAGAAAGAGGAAGUUGA